AUGAUGGAAAAUACUGAAGCCCAGCAGCAUUUGACGGGUCUGCCCCCACUGCCAAAAAGUUUGAGUGCAGCUGCAGCUGCUCCCGUUUCCGUAUCUGCUUCCUCGCAUUCACGCACUGCAUCGCCAGCUUCUAAUGUGGCCGCCUUGACCGCUGCCGCCGGUGAGCUCUACCUAGGCCCCUCCACCUCGUCAGCGGCCAGGAAUCGCAGUUACAACGGCCACAACCACAGCCAGCGGCAUGGCAGCCUCUCAUCCACACAGGAGUCGCUUAGCGAUCGCGAGUCUGUACACAGUCGCGCCUCCUCUACUCACAGUGCGGGCGCGGGCCACACCCCCACCAACAGCUCCAGCAGCACAGGUGCCACCUCGUCGACCAUCGACAACCAGCUGGCUAUUCUGCGCCGCGAGAUGUAUGGCCUGCGCCAACUAGACCUGUCGCUAUUGUCGCAGCUGUGGGCACUGAAUGAGUCGAUACAGGGAUUUCGGGUGUUUCUGCAAGAGCAGGACGCCCUGUCGCCGCCGUCGCGAUCACGCACGCCAUCUGAUGCUAAUUCGCUGUCGUCAGACGAAGAGGACGAUGGAUCCUAUGCGCCAGUAGCUACCAAGCUAAUGGAAGCGCCAGGAGGACCGAGCCCUGGAGCGGCAGGAUCCCGUACCAUAGCUUCGCCGGCAGCCAGCGGAGGACUACCUACGAAGCUAGCCACGGGAUCGACUACUUCUCACGCUUCGACCAGCUCCAAUUCUGGAACCUCAGGCUCCUCUUCGGCUGCCUCGUCGAUGGGCAAGCAUCAACAACAACAGCAGCAGCAGCAGACUGGCCAUUACAACCAAAGGCCAGCUCCACCACCCGCACCACCAGCCCAGCACAAGGCGCAUCCGCAGCUACCGAGGAUCCUGCAGCAGCGGAUGAGGCAGGCACCGCCCCCGCCGCCACCCACACGGCCGAAAGGAAGCGGAGGUGGUGGGGCCAGCACCAGUAGCAGCAACCACAGCAUCAGUAGUGUCACCCAGCCACAGUCUCACCCACACCAACAUCCCCAUUCACACGCCCACCACUCGCGACCCGUAUGACAAAACCCGUUCUUGGACUAAGUCAAGUUCAAGAACAGAAGAUUGCACACAUGCAGAAAAUUCGAAAAUAGCAGCCGCUGCCAAUACUUCGGAAAGGGUCAAUUAGACGACAUUUCUCCAAGAGUCAAUUCAAAUUCAAGUGCAGAAAGACCACACAUACUCCACCACUCAUUUCAUUAAGCUUGCCAUGCUCCUCCAUUGCGUUCGUUCGUGGUGUCGAAACAUAGGAAACACACACAAAACACAAAAUACAAAAAUGUUUAUACAAGUUUUUGGGAAAACAAUGAAAAAAAAAAAGAAGAGAAGAUUGAAGAAUGUAUUUGAAUGUAAGAGGAACAUUUUUCAUGUUUGAAUAAUAUUAAAUAAUUAACGCAAGAAAUUUGUAUUCAAUAAUAAUCGCUAAGUAGUAAAGGAUGAGAUCCUUAUAUGCAUCUAUGUAUUACUCCAUUUGUAUAAACAUAAAGUUAAAAUGCUUGAAAUUCUGCAUCGAGUUAAUAGAUCUAGUUCCAUUAUUUGCGUUGACUCUUAAAUGAUUUGUUAGUAUGCAAUGAUACUAUCCAAACAACCUAAAAACUAAUUCAAAUUGUUCCAACUCACUUAGCACUAACCAAAACUAAACUCUUGGCCUAUGUAUUUGGAUAACUGAUAUGAUUUUAUAGCCCCGAUAAGUCUUAGUUUCCCCGAUUCGAUUCGAUUGGAGAAUUCGGACCGGAAAUAAUAAUAUUUAUAUAUACGAAAUGUAUCUGUAUCUCAAAGCGAAAACUAGCUGAUCUUACUGUUAGUCAAAUAAUCCUAUCAUAAACACUCCUGCAUCUAGGCAUAUAUAUGUAAAGUUCAAGUAUUGGAGCAAGUCCCCCGAGCAUUUGUCCAAUGCGCUGCAGAACUCUGAAGCUGUUUUUCAAGUGGAUCUAAAACCAGGAGGAAACUUGAAUAAUAUCUUUACAGUUCUGAAAGUCAUUGCUAAAAAUAUAUAUACUAAAUAUACGUAUACAAUUUUUACCAUAACAGUUAAAAGAAAAGAAAAAGGGUUUAUUGAAGGAACCUACCCAAAUACUACCGAGUAUUUCCCAUAUCACGCAGAAACAAACGGGAGAUUGUGAAAUGAAACAAGAUUUACAUAUAUGUAUUACCUAAUCGAAAAUUGAAAUUUUCCAAUAUUUAUUGUUAGUUCUUAGUAUCACUCUUUUAUUUCUUGAAACUCGAAAUUCCUUGAAAUCUCAACUAAAUUUUGUACACCUAAUGAAUGAAGAUAAAUGAUCAAAUUCCACACAUUUUGCAUCAAAUUGAUUUAUUUUGUUUAAUCCAAAAUACAAGUCUAAUUAUCAACUGCAACUACUAAUCAAAAUCUAAAUCAGAAAUCAAGUAUUUAACUGAAACAUCGACAAACACAAUUAUAAUCUGAAGCAUAAGACCCAAAAAAGCGGGUGACAACUUUGAAUAUCUUGGCCAACUCCACCCAGUGUAUAUUUAAAUUAUUUUUAACUUGACUUUCCAUUAAUAAUCAAGACAAAAUAUAUUUAUUAUUAGCUUAUUAUUUAUCAAUACUUUUGAAAAACAAGUUUAUCCUUUAUCCGAGCUGUUCAAAGUUUCCCAUCAGGCGAUAAAAUCAUCAAAAAAACACCCAUUUGAGAUGAACUUUUGAGAGCUUUUGCUUUUUAUAUUAAAAUACAGGAUUAUAAAAAAUAUACACAGAUCAAAAGGUAUGAAACAUUGUGUGGGAUUGUUCAACUAAAACACUUUAAUCGGAAAUUGGGAUUUAAUCACAAUCUAUAAACAAAAUAAUUUAUACAAUCUUUUGUUUCGAUGGUAAGAGGAUGAUAUCGUUAUAAAGUGUAUUAUGUAAUGGAAAAUUGAUUAAUGAAACGAACGAAACGAUACGAAUGAUCGAUACAAUAAAUAUCAAUUAAAAUAUCA